AUGGGACAAAGGUUUGGUCAAGGAGUUAUUGAAUUUCGAGAUGCGUUGUCAAAGUAUUCUAUUCAUUCCAAUUUUGAUUUUGUUAAGAAUGAUAAGGAUCGUGUCACUGUUCAUUGUAAAAAAAGGGUUGAUUUGGGAUGUUUAUGGAGCGUGCAUGCUAGAGUGAAAAAUUAUAGUAAAGCUUUUGUUAUUAAACAAUUUGAUGAUGUCCAUACUUGUGGAUCUUCUUUUCAUACAGUUAAACAUGCUAGGAUGACUUCGAGUAUGAUUAGUGGGCUAAUUUCAAGUGAUAUUCGUAAUAAGGCUUUGUCAGCGGUUAGUGAGGUGGUUUGUGAUUUCAAGGACUAUUAUGGAAUAGAAGUGUCUUAUCGGCAUACUAGGAUGGGUGUUGAAAAAGCAAGGGGUAUUGUUUUUGGUGACUAUUCAUCAUCAUUUGACGAUCUUCGUUGGUAUGUUGAUGCCGCUAAUGAUUGUAAUCCGGGGAGUGUUUUUGAUAUGGAAUUUGAUGUUGAUAGUAAAGGAAGACGUUUUAAAUGCUUCUUUUUCUCUUUUGAGGUGUGUAUUCAUGAUUUCAAGUAUUAUCGGCCUGUGUUGAUGCUUGAUGGAACUUUCUUGAAAGGAAGACACAAAGGUUGUUUAUUGGCUGCCACGGCAAAAGACGGUAACCAAGGUUUAUAUCCGUUAUGUUUUUCCAUUGUUGAUAGUGAAAGUUAUGACAGUUGGCAUUAG